CCCACCACCUUCCCAACGGUAGUGGGCACCCCCUCGCAUUUUUUGUAAGUCGAUACGCUCUUUAUUGCGCGUUCGACGGCAAGCGGGAGGUUGCGGGCCACAGAAGCCGUAAUCCGGAAAAUCGUUCCAAACCGCGCGCGGGUCGCAUUAGCUUGCUGACUGGCGGAGCGGGAAAUUCCGGCGAAUAGGUGAACGCCACCAACUCUUUUUUUUCUCUACUAGCUUGCCUGCUGGCCGCGACUGCCAUUCCUUCAAUGCGUAUGGCUCCGGCUCACUCGCAUGCGACCAACCACCACCACGAGAGCGCGAUGCUUUCGUGCGGGACCAAGAGCGUGGGCGGGAGCGGGUCGCGGUUUGUGCCGCGGCUCGCGCCGCUCCCGCUGAGCCCGACCAAGGCGGCCGACGCGCGCGCGCGUACGGCUCGCGACGAUGAGGCGGCACGGGUCCUCUCCUCGCUGGACCUCUCGACACCGAGACAUGUGUACGGCCAGAUUAUGGUCGGCCCGACGUUCCAGGCUUCGGCGCUCCCUGCGGCGGCAAGCGCUGCGGAGGCGCCCACGGGCAACGACGAGUGCAUGUGGCGGCCGUGCCCGGCCAAGAUCUCAAACGCCGACGUGGACGCGUUUGUGGAAGCCGCGCGUGGGGCGUCUGUGCCCGAGGAGAGCGCACUGAAGGCGCUGAUGGAGGCUGACUACGACGUCGACGCCGCGAUGGAGGUUCUGCUUGCCGCAGACCAUCCGCCGGCUCGGGCAGUGUGGUCGACGCGGGAAAAAGCCGUUUUUGAGCAACUGUAUGCCAAUCACGGGAAGGAGUUCCGCCUCAUUGCCCCGCACUUGCCGAACAAGACGCUCGCCGACGUGGUCGAGUACUUUUAUGCCGUCCGCCCGUGCGCUCACGAUCCGUACGACUCGGACAUGGAAGGCGCAGAGUCGGGCUCGUCGUCGGCGUCGGAGCUCGAGUCUGAUGAGGAGAGCCAGGUCGACGACGACGUUUUUGCCUACCUCCGCAACGAGCUGGCGACGCCGCAGGCCGCGCCCGCGGCGCUUGACGCGUCGCGGCUGUUUGUCGGCUCAACGCCGAUGGCGUCGCGGCCUGCCACGCCGCACGGCCCGGUCUUUGCCUCAGACUCGCGCUGGUCGCUCGGCCUGCCCCCUUUGCUCCCCGGAGCGGCAUCCGUCAGUAACUCGGGCCCGUCGACGCCGUCGCCCUCGGGCGCGUCGCGCAAGCGCAAGUUUGCAAUCGACGACAACGACGUGACUGCCCAGGCCUCGGUCUCGCCCAUCCCCGGGAUCGGCGUUGCAACCGAAGCGGCGUCGACGCUCGCCUCCUUUGGCGCCCCGAGCUCGGGGCCAGUUAUGUGGUCGCCGUCGCAGCCGCGGCCGCCGGUCCCGGCGCUCGACCUUGGCGAGUUUGACUUUGACACCGAUUCGCUCCUCGGGCCAGACCUGCCGUCGCCAAAGCUGCUGGCUCGCCCGGCCAAGCGGCACAAACCGCUUGCACCUGCGCCGCCGUCGCUCGCACCCGCACCGCCACCGCUCUUUGGCGAUCUCUUCCCGGUCGCUUCGCAGCCGGCUGCCGAGCCGACCGAAGAGACGUGCACCAUUCAGUAGCGAGAAUAUUGACAA